AUGAAGUACGGAGAGCAGUUCGAGAAGGAGUCUGUGCCACAAUGGAGCCUCCAUAACAUCGACUACAAUUCCUUGAAGCACUACAUCAAGGUGCAUACGACCCGCGACCAAGCGACAGCGAUUGCCAUUCCAGGCCAGCCCAACACAGCGCUCAGCAAGUUUGAGGAUGAAUUCUACUCCGAGCUGUGUCGGCAGCACGAUCGCGUCGACCUAUUCGUCUUGAGCAAGGCCGACGAGAUCUCCAGGCGAUUGCAACACCUUUCAGGCCAAAUACAUCGGUUGAUCCUACGAUGCGCAACCUCAGGCACAGGCCGCAUGCCUUUCAAGCGGCAGCAGCGGUUCGCCAAGUACGAGCAAAUACUGCUGCGGUGCGGCGACGACAUCCAAUCACUCCAACGCUUCAUCAGCGCCCAAGCCGUCGCGUUUCGGAAGAUACUCAAGAAGUACAAGAAAUGGACCGGCUCAUCGGCGCUGGGGGCUCGCUUCCGAGAAGGCGUGCUGUCGAACCCUAAGAGUUUUACCAAGCGCGACUUUUCGCAAGUGCGGUCGCAGCAUGACGACCUACUACGAACACUGCACGCCGCGCUGCCUCCCAGCGGUCUCAGCCUACCCGAACCCGAAACAGAUCCCGAGCGUCCACCCACAACCUCCCUCUCUCCUGGCGGAACACUUGUGGCAGAGGAACCGCGGGCUGCUCCUGCUACCGGGUACUGGAACGAGUAUGAGUGCGGCAGCGAGGCCGGUGACUUUCAGGGCGAUAACGAGGAGGACGGGUACGCCAUCUAUAUCGACCCCAACGCCGACGAGGGGUUUCCCGGCAUGAAGGCGCUGGGCAAGUUCUUCUCGACGCCCAUCAUUACCAAAAUCACGGGGUGGGUGUCGUCCCCCGAGCCCGCUGGCGAACCCGACCUAGAACGGGGGCCUCUGCUGUUCGAUUCCCGUAAUGCCCAUGGCCACCCCCACUCCACCACCCACAACCACACAACUACCUACGGCUCGAUCCCUACUCCGCCCGAGUCGGCGAGCAGCUAUUUUACCUCUCCACCAGGCGGUCUGGCUGCAGCUGGUGUUUCAGCCAGCCCCGGCACGGCCCUAGGCACCGACACGGACCUCGACGACGACCAUCCCUCUUCCUCUUCCCCACACUCCUACAACCGUCACUAUCAACGACUAGUCCGGUCCGGUCGCGCCGACUCCGUCACUGCCCGAGGUUACACCGGCUCCUCCGCGUCCUCAACUGCCGACGACAAUUUCCCCCCCGGCUACCGCGCCUACUAUGCCGCUCGGCACGACUCCUCCUCCUCCACCACACCCUUCCCAUCUGUCACCGAGCAGCGCAUGGCGCGUGACCGCGACCGGGCGCUGGUUCUUGCGACAUGGGGAUGUUUCAGUACGGCACUCGUGUUAACCGGUAUUGCGGGCGUGUUGGUGAUCGCAGGGAAACACAAGAUGCAGCUGGAGGUGGACGCCGGGGUGACUGUGGGGAUUAUGACAAGCUUAGGCUUGGCGACGGCCGGGUUAUGUGUGGCUAACGCGAGGGAGGAAAAGGUGAUGGCAAUGCUGGGGGUGUAUUUGGCGUUUGUGGUUGUUUGCGUGGUGGAUGGGAUACUGUUGGUUUUCGUUGUGGGCAAUACGGGGAUCUAA